UCCAUGGCGUCUUCCUCCUCCACCUCCACCCCAACCCCCACCCCCGCCACUCGCUGGAAUUUCGACGUCUUCCUCAGUUUCAGAGGCGAAGAUACGCGCCACAACUUCACCGGCCAUCUCUAUACAGCCUUAAUUCAAAAAGGCAUCCACACUUUCAGAGACGACGAUGAACUCCGUAGAGGAGAAGAUAUUGCUUCAGAGCUCAUCAGAGCCAUCGAAAGUUCGAGGAUCGCCGUCAUUAUCUUCUCCGAGAACUACGGCAAUUCAAGAUGGUGCCUUGACGAGCUCGUCAAGAUCAUGGAAUGCAGAGAGACGAACGGACAACUCGUUUUGCCUGUUUUCUAUAAGGUCGAUCCUGUGGAUGUGCAGAACCAGACUGGAAGCUAUGGAGAGGCUUUUGUGAGUCACGAAGUGCGUUUUGCAGGAGAUAUGGAGAGGGUGAAGAGAUGGAGAUCAGUUCUUGCUGAAUCUGCGAGUCUCUCGGGGUUUAGGUCCCAAGAUUUUUCCGCCGGGGAUGCAACUUUUAUCCAGUGUAUUGUUGAAGAGGUUUUCACUAAACUGAAUCAAAUGCACUUGAAUAUUGCUGUCUACCCAGUUGGUAUCGACUCUCGUGUAAAAGAUAUGCAUUUUCUGUUAAGUGUUGGGUCAAAUGAUGUUCGUUGCAUAGGGAUUUAUGGUAUGGGAGGAAGGGGUAAGACAACAAUAGCUAAGGCCAUCUAUAAUGAAGUCUUUCAUAAAUUUGAAGGCAGCAGUUUUCUUGCAAAUGUGAGAGAAGCUUCAAAACAAACCAAUGGUCUAGCUCAGUUACAAGAACAACUUCUUUCUGAUAUUCUAAUGAACAGGAACCAAAAGAUAUUCUUUGUUGAUAGGGGAAUCAAGUUGAUCGAAGAAAGGCUCUGCAAUAAAAGGGUUCUUAUUGUUCUUGAUGAUAUAGAUCAAGCAGAACAAUUCGAUGCCUUAGCUAGCAUGCAUGACAGUUUCAGCCCAGGAAGUAGAAUCAUUAUAACAACUAGGGAUGAGGAACUGCUAAAUAAGCUUGGAGUGAAUGAGAAGUAUGAGGCUAGAGAAUUAAAUGCUGAGCAAUCUCUUGAACUGUUUAGUUGGCAUGCCUUCAGAAAAGACAAACCUGUGAAAGAUUAUGGGGAACUUUCAAAUGGUGUUGUAAGAUAUAUUGGAGGGCUUCCAUUAGCCCUUGAAGUGUUGGGUUCGUUUUUGUAUGACAAAAAGAGCAUAUCUGAAUGGAAAAAUGCAUUAGAGAAAUUGAAAGUACGUCCUGAUAAGAAGCUUAAGGAUAGACUUCUAUAUGAUGUCAAAGAAAUGGAUAUAUUCCUCGACAUUGCCUGUUUCUUUAUUGGAAUGGAUAAAGAUUAUGUCAUGAAAAUACUAGAUGGUUGUCAUUCCAAUUUGGAAGCUGGAAUGAGUGCUCUCAUUCGAAGUUCUCUUGUAACAAUCAAUGAAAACAACGAAUUUAGAAUGUAUGAUCUGCUUCGAGACAUAGCAAGGGAAAUUGUCCGUGAAGAAUCCCCUAAAGAACCUGGAAAACGAAGCAGAUUAUGGUCUCAUGAUGAUGCAUAUGAUGUAUUGGCGAGAGGCACGGGAACUGAAGCAGUUGAUGGCCUCAUCCUAAACUAUCCUGGCAAGGUGCAAUUGAGUACUGAAGCAUUUGCAAAGAUGUCCAAACUAAGAUUGCUCCAACUUAAUGAUGUAGAGCUCACAGGAAACUAUGAGCAUUUCUCUGAAGAACUAAGAUGGCUCUGUUGGCAAGGAUCUCCUUUGAAAAAUAUACCAAACAAUUUCUGUCUAGACAACCUUCUUGUUCUUGACAUGCAGUAUGGUAGUCUCAAACAGGUCUGGAAGGAAACUAAGGUACUCAACAGGUUGAAGAUCCUCAAUCUCAGCCAUUCCAAUCAUCUAAACAGAACACCUGACUUUUCAGGACUUCCAAGUUUGGAGAAAUUGAUGCUUGAAGGUUGUACAAGUUUGGUUGAGGUUCACCAAUCCAUUGGACAUCUCAACAGACUUGUUCUCUUGAAUCUAAAGGACUGCAAAAUUCUGAAGAAUCUUCCAAGUAGCAUUUGUAGAUUGAAAUCUCUAGAAAGUCUUAUUCUCACGGGCUGCUCAAAGCUUGAUAAGCUACCAGAGGAUUUAGGGGAGAUGGAUUCUUUGACAGAGCUUUUUGCAGACGAAAGUACUAUACAGAAACUACCCUCCUCAAUUGGACUCUUGAAGAACUUGAGAAGCUUAUCGUUAAGAGGAUGUAAAGGAUCACCAUCUAAGUCACGAGUCUCAUUUUUCCGGGCCUGGGGAUGUCGAAGAAUCCCUGAUUCCAUCACUCUUUUGCCAGCUUCUUUCCCAGGUUUAUAUUCAUUGAAAAAACUAAUUCUUGAGGAUUGCAAUCUGUCAGAAGAUGCAAUUCCCAUUGAUUUUCAAAGAUUAUCCUCAUUGCAAGAGUUAUUUCUUGGCAAAAACAAUUUUUGUAGUCUAUCAACCAGCAUCAAUCAGCUUUCUCAACUUCGUUUACUUGAUCUGGAAAAAUGCACCAGACUACAAGCACUCCCAGAGCUUCCUUCAAGUUUAAGUAUCUUGAAUGCAACCAGUUGCAUUUGUAUGGAAAGAUUGCCAGAUUUAUCAAACUUGCAUAACCUUCCAUCCUUGGUGUUCAUUAAUUGCCACAAGCUUAUUGAGAUUCGAACAAAAACUUCUAGAAGGAAUCUCCUUCAGGGACUGUCGGAACGUGGUAUGAAGCUUGACAUCUUUCUUCCAGGGGAUGAGGUUCCAGACUGGUUCACCGAUCAGUGCGAGGGGUCUUCAAUAUCAUUUGUGCUUCCACUUUGUAAUCAUGAGAUCCUAGGGUUGACACUCUGUGCUGUAUAUGCAGCCAACAAAGAAGCUGAUAAUCUCACUCCUGUUUUUGAUGGAGACGAGCACACUAGUCCACCUUCUGCUAAAAUCAAUGUUGGAAGCAACAAUGACGUGGCCUACUAUUAUCCAAAAGUCAAAGAUAUUCGUAUAACCCAUGAAGAUCACAUCUGGGUGUGCCAUGUUCCAUGCACUGAAUUUGGGAAGCAAUUGGAAGGUGGGGUUGAUAUUGAAGUUUCAGUAGAAAUAAGGGAGCCACUCAAGGUGAAGAAAUGUGGGGUGUAUCUUCAAUACCAGGAAAUAAAUGGCAAGGUAACGCAAUCAAGCAAUGGUGAAGCAAUUCAAUAUGCCGGUGUUUUUGAUGGAGAUAGAUCAGCAGUAGCUAAACUCAACAGUAAAACUAAGAGAGGCCGUAGUGACACUGAGUCAGGACCCAGUAAUGGCACACCUAAUGAGGACCAAGAAACCAGACGGUUGAGGACUGAAUUCGGUCCAUCCAUGUAUUGAGCUUGGUUCAAUGGAGUAUGAAGGGUGAGGAAGCUGUUCCUGUAACUCAACUGACUUCGAAGAAACUGCAUUGAUUUCAACAAGGCAUGCAACCCUUGAAU